CAUUUCAACAUUGCUAUUUCUAAAUUAUAUUGAUAAACGUUAAGAUUUUUAAUAAUUAUUGUUAGUAUGAAUAUCAGCAUGAAUAUUUGUGUAUAAAGUAAUAGUUCUGAAACUAAGAUGAGCCUACAUAAAUUCAGGAUAAAAGCAUUUGAAGAUUUACUUGAUAAUGAAAUUAUUGAUUUGGAACAACUAAGAAAACUUGCUUUUAAUGGGAUACCAGAAGAUAACGGAUUGCGUCCCUUAGUUUGGAAAAUUCUUUUAAAUUACAUCCCUCCAGAGAAGAGUUCUUGGGAAUCUACUCUUACAAAAAAGCGACAGCUUUAUAACCAGUUCAUAGAUGAAAUAAUUGUGUCUCCUGGUGGUCCUUCUGAUCAUCCGCUGAACAAUAGUCCGGAUAGUUCAUGGGGCACAUAUUUCAAAGAUAAUGAAGUUUUAUUACAAAUAGACAAAGAUGUGCGGCGGUUAUGUCCUGAUAUAGCAUUUUUCCAGACAGCUACUGAGUUCCCGUGUCCAGUGAUUGUAAACAGCAAUGGCGUGAAACGUCUACAUAAGCGCGUGGAACAAUCCGUACUGAAUUAUUCAACGUUAGAGAGGAGAGGUCUCGGCGUAGCGAAGCUAAGCGACGAGAGGCGUCGCGUGGACGCCUCGGGUAGCUAUAUCCCGCUGAAGGAAGGCAGCGAAGCGCACUGGGAGGUGGUGGAACGUAUGCUGUUCCUGUACGCCAAGCUCAACCCUGGCCAGGGGUAUGUGCAGGGCAUGAACGAGAUAAUCGGACCCAUAUACCAUACCUUCGCGACUACUACUCAUGUUGAAUAUCGCAAAUACGCCGAAGCGGACUGCUUCUUCUGUUUCACAAAUCUGAUGGCGGAAAUUCGAGACUUUUUCAUACGGACCCUAGACGAGACUGAGAGCGGCAUCAACUAUAUGAUGAAUAAACUCAGCGUGUGCGUUAAAGAGAACGACCGAGCAGUGUGGGACAGACUCGAGAAGCAGGAGUUGAGGCCACAAUAUUACAGUUUCAGAUGGCUGACGCUGCUCCUCUCUCAGGAGUUCUCUCUGCCGGACGUGGAGAGGAUAUGGGACUCCUUAUUCGCAGACAGUCGCCGCUUCCACUUUCUCGUGGCUAUAUGCUGUGCCAUGAUUAUGUUAGUACGAGAAAGCUUGCUGAGUGGUGACUUUGCGUCCAACGUCAAACUGCUACAGAACUUCCCUCCCAUGGAUGUCUCUCUCAUACUCAAUAAAGCCGUCGAGCUCGUCAAAUACUAAAUAGCUAAGAAUUCUAGUACAUUGACUUAUAAGUUACAUACUCAUAACUAUCAAGGAAAGGGCAUCUAAACUCCAAAAAGAACCCAGAGGGACCCCAAAAAGGUUUUUAUAGGAUUCUUACAGUCGCUACGCUACUGAAGUUAAUGAGAGCAGUAUCCUAAUGCGGAAUCUGCAACACAUAACAGAAUGUUCUAAAUUCUAACAUCCCUCUUAGUAUAAUCAUUGUCAUCGUCAAGUAUAUUUGUAUAGAACUUAGAUGGUUUUCGAGAGUCUUUAAUUUUAUACUAAGUUUCUGUUAUAAGCUUAUAAUAUAUCUUUAAAAUAGAAAAGUUUUGGAAAGCGAUACCGAAUUGGUAUUAAGAGAAGUCCUCACCGCUCUUUUUCCAUACAAACGUUGUCCCCUGUUUGCUCCCUGGAUUA